AUGAUAAAUGUGUUACCCUCUCGUAUGUCAGACUCCAUAGCGCUUUUUACAGAUCAAUCAAGCCUGCCGAAGUUGAAUACACAAAACGUUCUGUGGAAGGUGACAAAUAAUACAAAGAUUUGGUCUGUUUUCAGGAUUGGCACUGCUGCCUUGGCAGUUCAGGUGGUUGGUAGCAACUGGCCCAAGCCACAUUACACGUUGCUGGUUACGGGCCUCUGCCGAUUCCAGAUCCUGCAGUUGCUGAAAGAGAAGCCGUAUCCUGUUGCUGAAGUUGAACAGUUAGAUCGACUCGAGCAGUUUACUAAUCAGCAUAAAUCUGAGGAGGAACUUGGAGAGCUGUCAGAACAGUUCUACAAGUAUGCGGUGCAGUUGGUUGAGAUGCUGGAUAUGUCCGUUCCUGCAGUCGCAAAGCUGAGACGUCUUUUGGACAACCUGCCUAGAGAAGCUUUGCCAGAUAUACUGACUUCUAUCAUCCGUACAUCCAACCAAGAGAAGCUUCAGAUUUUAGAUGCUGUUAGGCUGGAAGAACGGUUCAAGAUGACUAUACCAUUGCUUGUUAGACAGAUUGAAGGCCUGAAGCUGCUUCAGAAAACAAGAAAGCCCAAACAGGAUGAUGAUAAAAGGGUUGUAGCUAUUCGUCCUAAUAGAAGAAUCAGUCACAUUCCAAGCACGACAGAAGAUGAGGAGGAAGAAGAAGAUCAUGAUGAUGUUGUCAUGCUGGAAAAAAAGAUUAGAACAUCCAGUAUGUCAGAACAAGCUCUUAAAGUUUGUCUUAAGGAAAUAAAGAGAUUAAAGAAGAUGCCUCAGUCAAUGCCAGAAUAUGCUUUGACAAGAAAUUACUUGGAACUGAUGGUAGAAUUGCCAUGGAACAAGAGUACAAAAGAUCGCCUUGAAAUUCGUGCAGCUCGAAUUCUUUUGGAUAAUGAUCAUUAUGCUAUGGAGAAGCUGAAAAAGAGAGUUUUGGAGUACUUAGCUGUACGACAACUUAAAAACAACCUCAAGGGACCCAUUCUUUGUUUUGUGGGCCCCCCAGGAGUUGGUAAAACUAGUGUUGGAAGAUCAAUCGCAAAGACUUUGGGUCGAGAAUUCCACAGAAUUGCUUUAGGAGGAGUCUGUGAUCAGUCUGAUAUUCGAGGCCACAGGCGCACCUAUGUUGGCAGUAUGCCUGGCAGAAUAAUCAAUGGACUGAAGACUGUUGGGGUUAACAAUCCAGUAUUCCUGUUAGAUGAGGUUGAUAAACUGGGGAAGAGCUUGCAGGGGGAUCCUGCAGCAGCCUUGCUUGAGGUCUUGGAUCCAGAACAAAAUCACAGCUUCACUGAUCACUACUUAAAUGUAGCCUUUGAUCUGUCCCAAGUCCUUUUUAUAGCUACAGCCAACACUACAGCUACUAUCCCACCUGCUCUGCUGGACAGAAUGGAAAUUAUUCAAGUUCCAGGAUACACACAAGAAGAAAAAAUUGAAAUUGCACAUAGACAUUUGAUUCCUAAACAGCUUGAACAACACGGCCUGACUCCACAGCAAAUACAGAUUCCCCAAGUAACCACUUUGGACAUAAUUACCAGAUACACUAGAGAGGCAGGAGUCCGCUCUCUGGAUCGGAAGCUGGGAGCUAUUUGCAGAGCAGUGGCAGUGAAAGUGGCAGAAGGACAGCACAAAGAAACAAAGCCAGAUCGUCCUGAAGUGGGUGAAGGAGAAGAUUGCAAAGAGCAUGUCACAGAAGAUGCAAAAACAGAAUCCAUCAGUGACACAGCUGACCUGGCUCUGCCACCUGAAAUGCCGAUUUUAAUUGAUUUCCAUGCUUUAAAAGAUAUCCUGGGGCCACCCAUGUAUGAAAUGGAGGUGUCUGAACGCUUAAGUCAGCCAGGAGUAGCCAUAGGCCUGGCUUGGACGCCCUUAGGGGGAGAGAUCAUGUUCGUAGAAGCUAGUCGCAUGGAUGGAGAAGGUCAGCUUACUUUGACUGGUCAGCUCGGAGAUGUUAUGAAGGAGUCGGCGCAUCUUGCAAUUAGCUGGUUGCGCAGCAAUGCAAAGAGAUACCAGCUAACCAACGCUUCUGGAAGUUUUGAUCUCCUUGACAACACUGACAUCCAUCUGCACUUCCCAGCUGGAGCUGUCACAAAAGAUGGACCAUCUGCUGGUGUUACCAUAGUAACCUGUCUUGCUUCACUCUUCAGUGGGCGGCUGGUGUGUUCAGAUGUAGCCAUGACAGGAGAAAUUACACUAAGAGGCCUUGUUCUUCCAGUUGGGGGAAUUAAAGACAAAGUCCUGGCGGCACACCGAGCUGGACUGAAGAGAAUUAUCAUUCCUCAACGCAAUGAAAAAGAUCUGGAAGAAAUUGCUGUGAACGUACGGCAAGAUUUGACGUUUGUUAUGGCAAGCUGUCUGGAUGAAGUUCUUAAUGCAGCUUUUGAUGGAGGAUUUGCAGUUAAACCCAGAGUUGAGCGUUUGAAUAGUAAACUGUGAGCAGACAGGCCAAGGUGAUGUCCGUGUCAAAUUUAAUAGAGAUCAGUAACUAUCAGCUAUAUACAUAUCAAGUAUAACUAUGAGCUAAACUUGAUUGUUUCAAUGUGGGUGUAAACGCAAUCAAAAUAAAAAUAUUACUUCAGCAGUUAACACCCUGAAACCCCAUUUUAUGGGCAUUUGCUGCUUUUUACUACUAUCAGCAAAGAUUCUUGAAAAAAAUACUCAUUGCCUGAUAGAUUCAAGCAUGAGAAAGCUGAAGCUGUUGAGAAACAAUUCCUUAGCUUAUCUGGCAUAUAUGUAUGUAAAUGUCAGCAGCUGAUUACAUCUUUAAAGAGGACACACCCACAAACAGGGAAUAAUACGCAAUUCUGUGACCUAUAUUCAGAGAACGCAAAUUGCAGCAAACACAGCAAGUCUAAUAGAUGGGGUUGUUACCGAAAAGCAAACUGAUUUAGCGCAAGAGUCUACUUAUUUAAGAAAAAAUAUACUAAGGAGCAGUAGCAUCACAGGAAAAAUAAGGUUUUUGAAAUCUAAAAAAUAUGCUUAAGGGAUUUGAACACAGAAGCGA